AUGGCAGCGGCCAAUUAUUCUCUGAAGGUCAACAGAGACCUGCUGGACCCGAGCUUUGAGAGUUACCGGUUAUCUUUGGACGCUAUUCCGACCUACAAGGUGGAGCUGGAUGCAGGUGAGAGAGAAACUCAUUCACAGUUACCCUGCUGAGCUAGCUGAGGUUAGCAGUGAGAGCAGGUUAUAAUGGGGCUUUAACUCCUGUUAUCACAUAAAUACUGCUGCUGAGAGGGUGAAUUAUUAUUUAGAGUCAUUAAUGUGAAUAUGUAUAAAAGUGGGGACAGUUUAUCUGAAGAACAGAACCACCUGAGGGGGUUUGAAGGGGGUCAGGUCAGGAUUUAGGUCAGAUUACAGACCCAGGAACCAGUUUAAAGGGUUAGUCUGUGGUUUAGUGUUUCCUCUGCAGCUCACAGCUAUUUAUGAUGGGAGUGAUUCAACAUUCCACGGUAAAUGAACGGAUGAAUGAAUGAAUGAGUUACUAAUAAGAUCUUCAGAGAGUUCUGAGUAUCAUCACAGUCAGAGGAAAACAAAGUUAUAUUUAUAUUGGUCUUUAAAUCAUCAAAACGUGACAAAAUAUAUGUUGAUAACCUUUCUCCCGUAUUGCCCAGCCCUAUUUAGAAGUAACAGGUUAAAGGAUCACUGGCUAAAAUAGAGCAGCUUUGUACCAAAUGUUAAUGUAGAUGACAGAAAUAUUGAUCCUGAUUAAAUCCUUUUAUACAGACGAUUCAAACAAACGACACAAAUCUUCUUUUACUGAAACAGAAAUAGACCCGCUCAGAUUUAACAUUUCAGGGAAAAUUCCUCAAACACAAACUGACUGGAUUUUUGAUCUCGGGGUGGGUUUUUAUUCGUGCACAGUUUUAGGAGAUAAUAAGUCUACAUCAGACUGACCUAAGGUUAAAAACUGUGACCUAAAACUACAAUUACAAGUGACCAAUUAUUAGGAAAUUAUAAAGUUAUUGAGAGGAAUUGGCUGAUAAGUGUUUGUUACAGAAGUACUGCUCUUUUACCAUCCUGUUUGUUUGAAUAAAUGAGAUUAGAUUAAAUGAGAUAGAGCUGUAUUGAUCCUUUUGGAAAGGUUGCCUCAGGGAAAUUAAGUUGUAAAAAGCUAAUCUUGAUAAAAUUGGCAGACUGACCUCCACCCGAGAUUUGAAUCUUUUUAAUUUGUUCAAGUCCUUGUUUGAAAAAUGGGUUAAAGAUUCAUACAAUCAUUACAUCCUCUCAUUACUCUGUUAUCUGUACUGCAGCUGUGGAGGAAGUGAAGCUGAACGAUACCCAGUACACCCUGGAACACAUGCGUGCUUUUGGCAUGUACAACUACCUCCACUUGGACCCUUGGUAUGAAGACAGCGUCCUGUUUGUGGACUGUAAAGGACGCGUUCUGAGCCUCACUGUCACUCUGGUAAGGUUUUAGGUCCCCUAAUGUUUCAACUUCUGCAAAAUUCUUAUUUAUACCGUUUCAAAGUUCUUAAAUUUUCCCUCUAACGAUGUCGUGGAAAACUUCUGUCUGUCCAAAAAGAGAGGGAAGUGACUCUGAUGUGUGAUCAGAAGAGAUGGAGGGAUUCAAUACCUCAUACACACCAGCAGGUGGCGACCAAAGACUUGUGUGAAUAAAUCUUCUGCAGACAGAAGGAGUCAGAGAAUCAGAGAAAACUUUGAUCAUCUUUUGUUUGAGUUUAAAUCAGCAGAAAACAAAGUUUCAGGCGAGUGGGUCUUUGUUUUGAUUAUAUAAGUGACUGAAAUGUACAGAUCCACGCAGGGAUGGGAAUCAAUAAGAUUUUAUCCAUAUCGAUGCAAUUAUCGAUUCAAUUCUUUAAUGAUUCCCUUAUCAAUGCCUUUCUUUGAUUUAAAAAAGUUGACUAUAGGUUUUCAACUUUAACUCAAAAUUUCAUUGAGUCUCUGAUAACAGAGACAGAUGUACGCCACCUUCAGUGAGAGUCUAAAAUAAUCAAACAAAAAUGAUAUUUGUUCAGAGUUUCUGACAUUGUGUUUAUGUUAAAACAGGACAAAUGUUAGAGUGACCAUAUUCUGAAUCCCUAAAAAGAGGACACUACUACGUGGGGCGGACUUGUGUGUGAAAUUUAGAGGGGUUUUUUUGUUGGGUCGAGAGUUUUUACGUUCUUCUAACUGAGUUAAACACAUUAUUCUAAAUUCCCAAAGACAGAAGUGCAUGCGUGCGUCGCAUCAGUGUCUUUUCUUAAAAGUGAUCGGAGGGGCGGAGCUGCAGAGAGGACUGAUCCUCUGCACUGUUUUAUAAUCAAUGAAAACACGUUCAGGACAUUUGAAGGAUUUUAUAAACUCCCCCGGUUGAAAACGCUUUUCUGGUCCGAGUUUGAUCAGUCAGUCUUCCUGUCGGUGUGAAGAGCAGUAGCCUACAGUAUAUCUACAGUACAUAUAUAUAUAUAUAUAUAUAUAUAUAUAUAUAUAUAUGUAUGUAGAACUUAAUAAAAAAUUUAAAAAAUCGGCCGAUUAAUCAGUAAUCAGUAAUAAUUCAAUAAUCAGUAUCAGCCCCAAAAAAUCCAUAUUGAUCGGGUCUUAAUGUCGAUGGAUUGAACCAUCUGGAUCUGGUUCCCAACAAGAACCGGUUCUUGGUUCCCAUCCCUGGAUCCACGCUGAGAUAAGGAGCAGAAUGAGUCCACUGACCUCUCCCAUACAGACGUCUCUUAUAUGUUUCAUACCAUUAACUACAAUUACAGAUGAUUUCCUCUCUUUGUGUCCAAACUGGCCUGAAUAAUCAGAGGAUAAUCCAGCGAGACUUUCUCUCUGCCUCUCAGCCGCUUCAUUAAACGGCUCUUUAUGAAAAUGUCUAAUUACAAUCAUCUCAUCAUAAUUAGGGCUCCUGGCGAGUGUCACCGGGCCUCAUUGUACAGAGGCGGUUCACUCUCUGUUUGGGGCAUGGAGAUCUGAGAGGUGCUUCAUACAUCAGGUAGUGUUAUGAUUCGCAGUGUCGCGCGCCAUGGCAACAGCAGGGCAGCUGCUGUACAGUCCUUUCAAACCCCUGUUACUUGGCGCAGUGAGUAAUUGAUGCUCCUGCGGUUGCAUAUCUGUCUCUUACUAAUAAGACUCGUAAACCUCAUGUGAAGCAGAGUCACGUGUGCCGCUUCGUCUCCUUUUUCCUGAAGAAGUCCACGUCUCUGUUCCUCGGGGUUUGAUUGGCGGUGUUGUUAUUUUCCUGUGUAAAUGUUGUUGGAGUGUUUUUAUAUAUAUCAUCAGAUGGAAAGCUCAGAUUUUCUUUAUGGACUUAAAGUACCCCACUCAGUAUCAAAGCAGCGGUCUCUCCCCGUCUGUCUUCUUUUGUAGUUCAAAGCCCUCUCUUUAUUAAGUGUCUGAACUCGAAUCAUGACCGCACUGCUUAAAGAUUUUCAGACAGGAUGGAAAAAACAAACUCACCUAUUGUGAAAAACUCUACGGCAGUUUUCUCUGUAUUGAUGAAAUCCAUUUUGCACCAUUUCUGCUUUUCACUUGUGUGGAAACACGCCGCUGAUUUAUCGGGUUUCUUUGUCUCAGAUCUAAAGACGCGCUGCUUUUCUUUCCCCUCAGACGACAGUAAAUAGAUUUGUCAACAAAUCCCAGACUUUCUUUUUAAAUUGUCUCGCCAUUUUCAAACGUCUGGGAUUGUUCAGACGCUGUAAUGCCUCGCCAUCAGCGCCUCCGUCUCCAUCACUGUUUGAUAUUCCUGCGAGGACUCCGAUUCAUCAUUUCUACACUCUCAGCCUGUCUGCAUGUUAAUAUCUCUGCACACUGUGUUUGCUCAUUAACUCUCAUCAGACACUGGAGCGCAUGUUAACACCUGAACACUCAGAUCUGUCUCACCUCCACUGUGAUUUGGUCUGAGAUGUUAGUUUAGAUUAAAAAUCAGAAACGGACAAAAUAAGUUUGUGUUUUAGAAAUAAUGAAGUUUUUCGGUCUUUAAUUCACCACAUAUGAUAAUUAUUAUUAUCGCCUGGACUCUGAUUUAAACAUGGAUGUUUGUUGGGUCUGAUUUCAGGACACAGCUCUGGGGAAGCCGAGAGAGGUCUACAGAUUAGACGCCGAUGAGUCGAGCGAGCGCGGGGAUCGUCUGUGUGCGUCUCUCAGCCUCACCUCCGCGACCUGGGCCGCUCUCUCUGACGGAGCGGGGCGACUCUACCUCCUCCGCACCGGCAAGAGAGGAGACAGCACCCAUAUGAAGUGGGAGGUGAGUCUUUACUGAUACAAGAUAAUCGAUCCUGUCAGUCUGAUCUAAAACGUGUUGAAGUGGAAACUGAAACCAUUUGAAAGUUUCUGUGACAUAUUUUCCUCAGAUCUUUUUAUUAUUACAGAUCGAUUUAGUAAUAACUGAUCGAAGUAUCCGGGAGGUUGUGGGUUUACCAUCUUGUAGCUGAUCUAAACGGAUAAAAAUGGCGUCCGUUCAAUCCUCGAUCAAUCCUCUCCGGAUGGAGAACAAUGACUAAUACAGUGAAUAUUUACACCGCUGCCGAGCCAGGCGUCCAAGUCAGAGCUGAUGUAAGUCCUGAGUCACAUCAUGACUCAGUCCGAGUCCACAGGUGCAGCCCGACCGUUCGAUGAAAAAGCUGAUUAAUUCUUCUGAUAGUGACAGAGAAGUUUGUUUUUGCCUGCUGAAAAAAAAAACAGCCUCUGUUUGGCUCUGGUUCUUGGCCGGUGAAAAAACUCAAAUAAAGAGGCGGAUGUUUAAUUUUGAAAGUCAUUUUCCAAAAUUAAUCCGGUCUGUAAAAAAGUUCAGAAAAACCAGCCGACAGAUUCUGGAUGGAAACGCUCCCUCACUCACCCCUCAUGAAGCUGCAGCAACAUUUAAAGACAAAAUCACCUUUUUUUUUUUCUUUUCUUAUACUCACUUCGUUCUUGGCAACCGCCCACUAAGUUUGUCCACUCUGUGCCCCCGUAGAGCGCUCAUAUAUCAGUGUAGGUGUUGGUGUCUGUAGGGAUCAUUUCUCCUGCUCUCUGUCCAGGUCCAACCACAUGCAUAAAUGUUCUAUACAUUAGAUUUACAGACAGAUUCACAUCCUGCCAAAAGGAGGCGUACUUGGACUUAGGUAUGAAUAAUUUAAAGGACCUUAUCUUCAGUUUUCAGUUUUUGUGGAGUUGUUUUUUGUGUCCAGCGACUCGGCGUUGGAGGACCUUGAAUAAAGAACUUGAACUCUCUCUAAUGUAAAUGAAAACCAGCGUCUGUGCUGCACAGAGCUCUUAAAUCUGAGGGAUGGAGUCGUUCGUACGAGAAGAGUCCGCCCCAGAAGUGGAUGCAGCUCUAAAAGCAAAAGUCGACUCUGUAAUAAAGAUGGAAGGAACUUCUAACGGUCUACUUUCAGACCGACGCGCUCACAGAUCCCAGACAAAUGCUCCGGUUUGUGUCUCAGAGCGAACUCAUAAAAGCCGAUAUAUUUCCUCAUCACACUUAAGCUCGUCUUCUCAGUGAAUCACGACCUCCGUCAAAGAAAUGACUCUGACUCUGACUCGGAAAUCGAACCUUCAGGAGACACAUUUCUCCUCUUUAGAUGCCACUGUAUUCACUUGGUUCAGGCCUGAUGCUCUUGUGUGUUUUUGUUGGCGUCGAUGAUCAUUUUCGUUUAAAGUUAAAAUAUUUGUCGGUUUAUUCCUGCAGCUGCUGUUCAGUGAAGACGUGGGGAAUCCUUUCAUCGUCCUGCACAGCGUCUCACACGUCCAGGCUGGAGUCCACACCCUGGAGGUCCUGCUGCUCCGCAUCCUGAAGGACCCGCAGGAAACCAAAGGGAGCGGGUACUCGGUGUCUCUGGAGUGGAUCACAGUCUCAAACACAGCAGGACAAGGUGAGGGUCUCACUGAGCCGUCACAGUCGGAUCAGACUCGGAAACAAAAACCUGCUGUCACGUUUUUACGCCAACAUUUACAGGACAGCUGAAGGAAAUCCUCACUAAGUGAAUCCCACAAAGAAGUUUGUUUUUAUUGCACUUUAAUUAUCGUGUCCCAGAUGAGAUUAGAUCACUCCCAGACAAACGUUGGCAGGCGGGGUUUUCAUUAAAGCUGCUGGCCCUUCAGGAAGAGAACGACUCGGCACUCUGGCUAAUGAUGCAAAGAUUGAAGAGACAAAUAGACGGACGGACGGUCGGACAGACGCAGCCUCCUCAUUAGGCUGGAUUUAAAGAUGCAGCUCUCUGAUAUCUGAAAGGCCGGCUAAUGACCCUUUUGCUCUUUGUUUGGAGUCGUGUUGUUGGACUGAAUCUAUAUUUACAUAAUGACGUUGAGUCUGCAGAUUCAACAGAGAGAACUAAUCUGACUGAUAUAGAAACAAAUAUCUGCACAUGUCCGUGUUUUUAAAGUCCGAACAGUGUUCAGGUAUCUGGACCUGAAAAACUCAAAACAACAUUUUCAAAGUUGUUUCCUCCUCAGAGUGAAAACAGACCUGCAGGAGCCGGGGGAUAACCAGUCCCUCUUUAAAUCCCCCAUAAGCACCAGCUCAUAUGUUUCACUGUAGGCGGAGAUUUAUGUAGCGAGGACAGAGUUCCUCUGGGGGCAGCAGAGCGAACGCCACUCUCAGUACGAGCGAACAGACUUGGGCAAGAGAGCGAGACUUUAAGUUUGUUGAUAUUUUGUCAUAUAAACAGCUUUGGAGUGAUGUCACUUCCUGUUGAUGUUUUGAUGGUACGAGCGCGGAGGUCCAUUGUUCUGGAGCGCCACAUUUCUCUCGACAGCAGCAUCAAAAGAGUCCGGUGUCUUUUGUGUGUCUCUGAAGGCCUGUCAAACGUAAAAACAGAAGAUACAGUUUGAGUGACGGACAGUUUGUCUCUUUAAACGCUGAUAAAUAUCAAUAUUAGAGAUAGGGAUGACAAGAUUUUAUCGAUAUUGAUGCCAUUAUUGAUUCUGCUUAUCGAUUCAAUUCUGUAAUGAUUCCCUUAUCAAUGUCUUUCUUUGAUUAAAUAAAAGUAGACUAUAAGUUUUCACCGUUAACUCCAAACUUUAUUGAGUCUCUGAUAAUAGGAACAGAUGUACGCCUCCUUCAGCGAGAGUCUUGUGUGUGAAAUUUUGAGUUUUUUUAUCGGGUCGAGAGUUUUUAUUCUCUUCUAACUCAGUUAAACACAUUAUUCUGAAUUCACAAAGACAGAAGCGCAUGUGUCGCGUCAGUGACUUUGCUUAGAAGUGAGCGGAGGGCCGGAGCUGCAGAGAGGACUGAUCCUCUGCUCUGUUUUAUAGUGAAUGAAAACGCGUUUAGGACAUCAUACAGAAUAAUCCUGUUUGAUGGUUUAUUUAAAGUCAAUUCUGUGAUUUGGUAACGCAGGAAUAAUGAUAAUCUAAAGUUAUUAAAAUAGAAAAUUCAUCAAUAAUCCAACCGUUCAAACUGAAUUUGUGUUUUUAUUUGGACAGAAUGACGGUUAAAGUUGGAGGAAGGAACAGACUGAUGAGAUCUGACAUUUCUGACCCCAUCCCUCAGGUCAGGAGAAGAAGUACGAGGUGAAGAAGAGGAGAGUCCUUACGGGGAAGUCGGUGCCUCACUACGCAGCCAUGGAGCCGCAGGGAAAGGGGCUGAUGGUGGCCUCGGAGAAACCGUUCGUCUUCACACAUGUGGACGGCGUUCCCGUGGAGGAGCCUGAUCCAGAGCCCAUGGAGGUGGAGAAGACAGGUGAGUCCGAGGUGCAGCUGAGAAACCUGACUGUUCACUGUGAGGAAGAACUGACUGAGGUCAGCCGUCACAGGAAAGCGGUUUAUUUGUUCCCAGUGAGGAAGAAGUUGUGAAGAUUCGACCGUCUCGUUCAGACUCGGAGAAAACACUGACUGAGCCUUUAAUCUGGUUUCACGCCAUCUUUUCCUCCCUCGCUCACAUCACAGUCUCUGAAAUCAGCAGCCUGUCUCUCAAAGUGAAACACAAACAUCAUCUGCGCUGAGUGAUGACAUCACCACUGCCGCCGCCGCUCGGGUUUCUUUGGCGAUGAGAUUGAUCACGCAGCAGCAGCAGCAGCAGUAACGUGUGUGCGGUCAUUUCUAAGACACUCCACCUUUGGAGAGGCAGGAGCUGACUGAACGGGCUGUCGUCAUAGAAACCCCUGAGUGGGCAGCAGCACGUUCGGCGGUCUCUUCAGCUGACUGUGUGCUGCUGUUAUUACUGCUCAUACUGACCGAGUGUCUCAGCGACUCAGAGCAGAGACGUCUUUGUUUGACGGUUAUAAAAGUUUAUCUGGUAACAUGGAGACAUUUCUCAUGAUUCUGAGGUCGUUUUAGAAGAAUUCAAGAUGGUUUCUCUCAAGGAUUCAGUUCACGUCCUGACCCUGUGAGGGAUUUGUUUGAGACUUAAGAUAAACCAGGAUCAGACUACGCACAGAUACGAGAUACUUCUUUGUCCACAGGGGGCGCCAAAGUUAACACAAACAUUAACUAAACUGUUAAAUGUCUCGACACUCAGAGUUCUCGUAGGGCCGGGCGAUACGGACUAAAAAUAAAACCUCUGAAGCUCAAUUUAUGGAUUUAACGGAUUUUAAUUUUCCUCCUAAAAAUCAAAACUCUCCGAGACUUCGUUCACGCUCACAGAUACGCUGUUACUGCGGGUGUUUGUUUCUGCAGGAAGUGAAAUGAGAAGAAGAGGAAGUCACAGAGGAAAUCUGGGGUUUAAUGUUUGUAAAUAUUACAAAACCCCAAAUGCAAAUUAAUUGAUUUGAUUCAUUUAUUUCAGUUACAGGUCAGUGAAACAGAUUAAAAAUGUUUUGUUUUAUCGGUGGAAAAGUAACAAAGUCUGAAACAAAGAGGGAAAGACAGGUGAGGAGAUGGAGGACGGGUCAAAGGUUGAAGUAGACGAAGUUAAUGUGGGAGGGGCUGAGCAGCUGGUGGAGUAGUUAUUGUCCAUUUAUCAUUAUCGAGGUGAACUGAUCAAUAUAUCCUGAUAUUGAUCUGAGGACAUAUCGCCCAGCCCUAAUAUCCUCUGUGUUUUUUCUGUAUUUUAACAGUCAGUUAUACUCGUGUCCCAGCGAAGCAGCCACCUGCCCCGUUGACCCAGACAGGGCGAGGUGUUUGUGCGUCGGUGCGGAUUAAUAUCUGCUUUUUAGCAGCGGUCCUUUUAUCAGCGCUCUGCCUCCUCAGAGCGGAGGACGGCGAUUAGAUGUCAAGAUAGGGGGGCAUCUUCAAACAGGUCGGUAAGUGAUGAUGAGAGAGGAACUGCGAAGAGGGCGGAGAGAUGAAGGGCGCUCUGAUCGAGAGGCGGCGCAGACUGACAGACAGACAGACAGACAGACAGACAGACAGACAGACAGACAGACAGAGAGAGAGAGAGAGAGACUUUAAGAUCACAUUUAUAUUAUUAUAACAGAUAAAAAUGAUGUGAAUAUAAAUGUGAUAUCAGUUUAAAUCGGUCGGUCCUGGUGUUGGAUUUAAUGGAUUGCUGUGAUUUUGAACCUGGACUCAAAAUAAAUAGACAAACAUCGAAGAAGACACUAAAUUCAAACCUGAACCUGAUAUAUCUGGAGGAUCAGACCUUAUCACAUUUGGAUAACUCCUUACUGGCAGACUCAUCCAGACCUGAUGGUCCAGAUCACUCUGAUGGUCCAGAUCUCCUCCUGGCUUCCACCUCCACCUCUCGUCGCAGUCCUCUCCUGUCCUCCUGUAAUGGUGAAAUAACCCAACCCUGUUUCAUCUGCAGUAAUAAUAAUUAUGAAUCUUCAAACACCUUUUUCACAAAUAUCACUGAUGAAGUAAGACCAGCUGGACCACACUCUUCGGUGUCCCUGACAGGUUUGGCCGCCCCUCUCUCUCUCUCUCUCUCCUCCUCAUCAUCAGUUUCUUUGUCGAUUCAGACGAGAAAAAACAAAAGGUGAUGAUAACGACCACGUCUCAGUUUCUCACUCUGCUGCCAACAUUGGAGCUGGCUCGUUGGUUCGGAGCUUCAUAACUGAACCGUUUUCUCGGUUCAGCUGCACAGCGUGUUGUAUCUGACAGCUCCGGCUCUAUAGGGGUGUUGACCAUGAGAUAUACGGAGCACAGUGGUUCAUUUAGAAAUGGGAAAGUGUUUCUUUUACACACAAAACUCUAAAUUACAUAUUGAGCUCUGUGAGAUCGUCUGAAAACUCUUUAAGGAAACACUCAGUCUGCUGUCAGAGGUUCACAGGUGCUUUAUAGGGAUGUAAUGGUAUGAUAACUCCACCUCACGGUUAUUGUGACCUAAAUAACCACAGUAUUCAGAAAUAUCAUGGUAUUAUGGUACAAAAGUGUAUUCAAAGGUAUUUUUGAUGCUUUGAACUCGUGCUAACUGAUGCUUGUUUUUUAUUGUUUUAUCGUCUCUAAACAGGAUUAAUGUCUUUAACGAGGCGUUCCCUCCACAUUCCCAUCAAACCCAGAAUAUUCCUGUACUCCUGACAUGAUGGUGGAUGAUUCCAUUUCAAACUCAAUAGAAAGUUUAAACUCAAAUCGUAGCUGACACAGUGCGCCUACGCGGCUAUGAUGAUUAACUCAGAGUUUCCCCCACACGCCGUGGCGAGUUUUGGCCGAUCACCGAUUGGUCUCAAACGGGCUAAAAUCAGCCGAUUUAAUCGACUCGCUGAUAAAUCAGUCAGGCCGUAGUCGCCAUGUUUCUUUUUGUUUGUUGUUUUAAGACUCUUUUUUUGACUCCGGCCUGCCCCCUGGUGGAUGUAAUGGUUAACACCCAUGAUAGCAUAAAGGACGCGUGGAAGUACGUAGACGCGUACGUCUUCAUAGGUGAGGCGAGCGUUAAAGUUUCUCGACUGGACCGAGGAGUCAAAUCAUGAUGUUCAGAUACAGGGGUGUCACUAACUGUUGUCAUGACAACAUGUUGUUGUGUUUACAAAAUCAGCUGCAGAAACACAGUCAUUUAAAAUCCACUCAGCCUGUGAGGCCGGGUUCGACCUGAUCCGAGGCCGGCUUCUGUCCUCCACACAGGAACCAUAAAGGAGGUCCAAAUAAACUUGUACAUAAAAAAAGCAGAAAGAGUUUCACCUGAAGUUUGAAAAAAUUUUUAAGAAAGUAAAAUCAAACAAAAGAAAAACUUCAGGUCCAGUUUGAGCCUGUUAACUCAGACGAAUGUGAGAGAGGGGAAAAUAAUCGUCUGCUGUUAGUUUGAGGAUGUGAAUAUUUAACCUCCAAUAAUCUGUGCUGACCACACGCUGUUCAGUAAAUAUGUUGUUUUUACAUUAUAUUAGACUUUAGUUAGCCUCCCAGCUGUUGUAAUGAAGUUAAGCUUUUAGUGUAUUUUAUAUCCAGAUCUGAGGCCUGAACUGGAACAUAGAAAUACAGAGGUAGAGUGUGUACUUCACUCUCUGCUGGUAUUUCCUGUUAGUGUGUCACAGUUUAGAUGUGUUCAUUGAGUUAAAAAGUUAAAAUAAUAGUUUUUCAAAUGAGAGCUCCUGCUGCUGAGUCAGAGGAUGAGUGGGUGAUGGUGAGAGCAGACCGGAGGAAACGCAGCUGUCCUCUGUGUGAAUGAAAGGUCUGAUGUGGAGUAAAGGAGCCUGAGAAACACUCUCAGAAACAGUGUCAUGUCCCUUUAAAGGUUCGUUAGAGCUGAUUAACUGAAUGAUUGAGUCUCCAACACUUUGAUCAAUUAUCAGCAAAGUUUUUCAAACUUUAACUUUAUUUUUAACGCCAUGAAAUGUAAAUUAGUUUAUGACUCGAGUCGUAAACACUUUCAAUCAUCUCGAUUAAAUCCACAGAAACUAAAGUGAGAACCUCCCACUCCACGUCUCUGCAGAGUUAUGAAGGUCCACAGGUUCCUCACAGAUCCAGGUCUUUGUGCUCCGUCUCCGUGGGAACAAAUCUCAUUUCCUUUAAUAGCUUGUCGCUCGCCGUGUCUCUGGAUAUGUCACAGCGGCGUCCUCAUACUCCGGCGCUGUUUCAGAUCUUUAAUUCAUGACUCUUGAACCUCGGCUCCGUGUGUUUCUCCUCUCUUUAAUUUCAGAUCCCAUUUACUUCUGGCAGCAGACGGCGGAGGACAUCACGGUGUGCGUGCGCAUGCCUGAGGGGGUCACCAAAGAGGAGGUGCGGUUCAGACUGACGGCCGACAACAUCAGCGUGGCGGUUCAGGGUUUCCCUCCGAUACUGGAAGGUCAGCUGUUUGCGGCUGUGGACCCCGAGGCCAGCGCCUGGAUCAUCAAGAAUGACAAAAGGUUUGAGAAACAGCAGAGAGCGAGUCAAAGUCUGUCUCACACAGGGUCAAUCAUCUGAACCCAAACUCAGUCGAACCACAGAGAUUUAAGACGUAAACGAGUCGUUAAAGUUCAACAGACCCAUAAAAACGAGCAGAACUCCACUAACAUGAUCUUCUCGUCCAGUAUCACGCGCCUCCUCUCAGGCAGGAGGAGUUUAAAGUCCAGGAAAUAAAACCGCCUCCUUCCUCCUGGUUCUGGUUCUUCUCUCCUCUCCAGGCGUGUAGCGAGGAUUUUCGUCUUCCUGACUCCCUUUUUUAAAUUGUCCACGUAUUGAAAGUCCCCGUGACCCCGGUCUCCGUGACCCCGGUCCCCGUGACCCCGGUCUCCGUGUCCUCGCCGGAGCUCUCCAGUCAGAUUGCUCUGAAAAUGAGGCCGACCCAGAAGACGACGUCACACCGAUGAAGAGAGUCUUCUCCAACUCCGGGGAAACGAGGGCUGAUGUGGAGGAGGCUGAAGAAACCAGCGUCAGGGAUGUGAUUCUUCAGGGUGUCAAUCAAUCAAUCAAUCAAUCAGACUUUAUUUAUAAAACGCUUUUCCUACAGGAAUGUGACUCAAAGUGCUUCACAGUCUUGUUAAAAACAGGAGACAUGGACACAGUCUCCUGAUGACGCCGCCAAGAGGGAGCGUGUUCAGGUUAAAAAGCACAGGGCCUAAGAUCGAACCCUGGGGUUCACCACGUGUGAUUUCUGGACUUUGGAGGAACACGUGUCGACACUGACCAUGAACGUCCGGUCUGUCAGGUAGGAGGUGAACCAUCUGUGAGCAGCACCUGAGAGGCCGAGGUGUUUUAGGCGGUUUAAAAGAAAAGUGUGGUCGACUGAAUCGAGGUCAGAACUAAGAUCCAACAGAACCAACAAAACCAACACUGUCACCUUCUCUGCAUCCUGAUUAAAUCUAAUUUAGUGUUAAACGAGCAGCUAAAGUCUGUUUUUAUUAGUGAAACCUUCUCCAGCAGCUCUCUCACUAACAUCUCCUGCCUACUUUGUGGAAUCGAGGAUUUAUCGUUAAAAUGCCGAACAUUUCUGAAAAUACGAACAAAGACUGAAAGAAUCUGAACCUUAAAGCUCCUGUGAGGAGCUUCUGAUCGGUUAUGAAACAGACUCAAACAAACAGGAGCGACUUCAUCGUCACAUAACUCUGAGAGCUUUUUAAAGAUGACAAACGAACACGUUACAUAACAGCGUGACACAUCCAGCUGAGACUCCAGAUUCAGGAGGAGAUGUUGUUCUGAGAGAGAGAGAGGGAGAGAGGGAGAGAGAGAGAGAGAGCGAGAGAGAGAGAGAGAAAGUACCUGCUCCUUUUCUCCUUAAUGACCUCCUCUCCGCUUCAGCGUUACAAAGCAGUAAAAGAGGAAAAAAGGGCCGAGGGAGAUGAGGACUUUUCAUAAGCAUCAGGUCUUUUGAUCCAGUCCGAGUUGAGUCACAUCCCCUCCCACUUUAAGACCUUUCAUCUGAGCCUCCAUCAGCUCUUUCUCUCUGCUUCCUGUUUCUUCAACCCUCCACUGCUUCAUUCAGGGUGAGACCUUGUUACGUGGUUACCUGUUUGUUUGUUUCCCGACCGCCUUGGCGGGUUCGUCUGCAGAUCGGUCCUGUUGAGGUUGACAGCGUGGAUGAGGAUCUUUGAGAUGGACAUGAGUGUUUAAUGUUCAUUUCCUGCUCUUUAGUACCACCUUUUAAUCCUGCUGUGUGCAUCUGCCUGCUCUGUCAGGCUGUAAAUAUUCUUAUUCAGAGUCAUGAAUGUUUGUUUUUUUCUUUUGGUAUCUGGACAGAAUCUUAAAAAGGAUCAUCUGUGAAUCUCUCUCGUUCUGAGCGCUGAGCCUCUUUCCGGUGUUGAUUUUUCUCAGCCUGUUUUUGAACACGAGUGAAUCCACAUGUUUUCUGUCUUAGAUUAAUAUUCCGGCGUAAACGUAAUUCAGGGUCAAACCCACCGUAACACCGAGUUAGACCCCCCCUCCAGAGAUGAAUGUUGUCGACCGCUUCCUUCUCUAGUUAUACCAACUUUAGUAACGACCGCAGGAUAGCAAUACAGAGAGCCACGCGCUCAACCAAAACGCCACUCUAUAGCCACAAAUAAUGCUCAGAACAGCACCUAACUUCAUCAACAGGACAUAUAGGGUCACAGUCUAAUGUAGCUGUAGCGUGUCGACAGGACGUCCGAAUGGAGACGACAAACUCUGGGUCAUAGAUUUUCCGUCUUUGUUCUGAAAUCUUUGCUUUUCUGCCGAUCAGUUCCUUCUCUUUGAGUCAGCACAGAACAGGAAGUGCUGCCAACUAGUGGUGUAAAGUCGUAGUCGACUGGUCAAAUUAGUCGAUAGGUGCUGAGUCAACCAAAAUUCUGAUUGGUCGCCUCGAUUUUUUCUGCGUCAGUUUACACUCUGAGGUUAAUAUGGUUAAUUACCAGGUGCUGCUCUUUUCAGGUUUGUGUCGCCCUCCUGUAUUUCCCAGCCUUCAGAUCACGUGCCUGGAGUAACUCUCUAAAACACAUUCAGACCUAUUCAGCGGACAAACGACAUCUAAUCAUGACAUUCAUGAACAAACGUGAUUCCUCUCUGUGACGGACGCUCAUGUAAAAAAAAACAGACGUGUGAACAAAUCUGUUUAACAAGAGCAUCAAAAUUAUUCCAGUUUAAUUCAAAUUUAUUCAAGUUUUCCUGGAAACCAGAAAAAACUGAUUUUCAUUUCUAUGAUUGAGUGACGUGUUUCAGAUGAUGGCGGGCUCAUUCAGACAAAGACCCAACAACUCAGAGUGUGUGUGUGUGUGUGUGCUGUUUCAGUCUGGAGGUGAGCCUGCAGAAGCGCAGCGAGGGGCCGAUGUGGGCGGAGCUUGUGAUGGGAGACAAGAGGGGAGAGUUUGUGAUGAGCGAGGAGCAGGCCGCCGUCCUCCACGAGAGACUGACACACCUGACCUCGGAGGACCUGGUAGGCUCUCACUGUUAACUGGAUCAUACUCAGGUCUGGGGUCUGGAUCCGGGUCUUAUGAGGAUCCAGAGUCUGCUCAGUCCGUCUGAGUCAUGGUUCUGUUGACCCUCAGAAGUGUGAAAUCAAACAGCAGCGAAGUGUCGGGGAACAUUACUCACACCGAACACGUUCAUGAAUGAUGCUCUGGGUUUGUGUCGUCAUGACCUUAAACGCCGUUUCUAUUUCAGUCCCUCUCAUCCCCGUCCUCUUCCUCUCCAGCUGCUCUGAGUCCUCCUCUCCUCCUCCUCUCCUCCUCCUCUUCUUCUUCUUCUUCUUCCUCCUGACGUCUUCCUCACAUCAUUGCACCCCGUCCUCCCGCGUCACUCUCGUGGUUGUUUGCAUUUUUAGCUCCGCCCCCUCCUGGACAGAGCCUCCGUCAGUAUCAUCUGGGCCCUCUUGAGGUCAAACCUUUUUAAAUGUUAAUCUAUGCUAAACCAGCGUAACCACAGGCACCUCCUGUCUGUUCUCCUGUCUGUUCUCCUCCACAGAACGGAAACCCGGACAAAGACAAGCCGCCCUGUAACUCUCAGGAGCUGGAGGACUGUGACGGGUUCCCAGAGGACAGCUUCAGCCUCGCACACUUUGACGGAGACUCUUUGAAGCCCACUCAGGUGGUGAGUAGUCCGUCUCUCCGUCUCCCUGCUGGUAAACACUCUCACCCUGCAGCCCGACCCGUUCACUUCUCCACAUUUUCACUCCGUUCUUUCAGCUCCUCCGUCCCUCAUCUCCUUCAAGUGCUCUGUUGGCGCCCGGUGCUUCCCCGCUCCGUUUUAAGAGCACGAUUUUAUUCAGCCCCCCCACCUUAAUCAAGAUACUUGACCAGAGAGCCGAGGAGGAACAUGCACACCUCCUCCAGACUCUUUGUUGCAUCUAUUUUUAUAAAAGCUCAUUCUGGGGAAACGUCUGAAAGGGUUCGACAAGGUUAGUUUCAGAAUCUGUCCGUUAACCGAGAAGCCGCCGUCUUCCUCCAGAGGCGGAGCUUGUUAACGGUGCGGAGCAGCGAAGUUUGAGUCAUGUUUCUGUGACAUGUUGUUCUCAGCAGAUCUUGACUGAGCUGACUCAGUCACCUGCUCUUUGGUUUACGUGUGGAGGAAGACGUGGAUCUGUUGAUCUGGAACCAAAGGUAUGAGUCAGUCCCACCUGAUGGAAAAAUGAACCUUUUCUCUGAAUCAUCUCCACCGUCAACAUGUUCCAGAGAUACUUAACAGUUCUGAUCCGAGUCUGUAACCUGUUAAAAAAUGACGAAAAUAAACAAACUCUUUUAUUUUUAUUUUUAGAGGACAGGACAGUAAGUAGAGUCAGAAAUGAGGAAACGAGGAAACGAGGAAAGGGAUUAGGGAGUGACAGGCUGGGAGCGAACCUGGGCCCGCCAGAACCUCCGUACACGGGGCACAGUGGCGCCCCCCUUAUGGUUAUCUCUGGAGCAGCGCUGUAGAACCUCAGCAGCUUCUCUGUAUUAUUUUAUUUUUGUUCUUCCUUUAAAAAACUUUUUGUUGCCAAGACAACCGAUCCACAUCGGCUCUGUCAGGAUUUACACCCCGCUCUGUCUCCGUUUAGCGUGGAUCCAUGACGCCGACCUAAAAUAACGCACUCGGGGGGAGGGAUGAGCCAACAGGCAGGGGCGUGUCAGACCUCUUAGACUCAGGUGCCCCAGCCCGAGCUCUGACCCUGUUGGGGUGGCCUGAAGAGUACUCACCAGUUAAUGAUUGUAUCUGUGUAAACAUUCGUCACACAGUUAACCUUAAAAUAUGAACUAAAACGACGAUGUUUUGAGUGUUUUCCAGUUUCCCAUCUUAAAAAACUGAGGCUAAAAUUCAAGUAUUUUCAAAGUGAAUUAAAGGUUAAACUUAAUCAAGACAAGAUCAAAUUACAGACUGAAGAAAAUGUUGAACCUCCUGUAACCUCGCUCUCCAGCUGGAAACGGAAACAGGAUCUUUAGAGACAGACACAGGUAUAAAGGAGGUCUGCAGACAUUCACUCUCGAAGGUCGAAGGCUCGCUGAAAUCUCCGCUUUGUUCAUUUUUCAAAAACCACAUUUCUUUGAGGAGGUUUCGACGUCGUCUCUUUCCUCUCUCCGCCGUGACGUGUGAGUCCUUUCCUCUUCCGCUGAGAACAAACCUUCAGUAAAAAGGUUCAUACUGAGAUCUUUAGUUUUAUUCUUGUUUAUGUGAAAAAAUGAAAAAGAGAAAAACUGACGUAUGAGAGGCUGAAACCUGACGACUGCUUUAAAAACCACCGAACAAUGAGCAGAAGAGAAACUGAAACAGGUCGGUUUACAGAGAGCUCUUUUCAGGGUCGGACAUUAGUGAUCCUCCUCUGUCAGUUUCAUUCACUCACACAUAAUAACACAGAAAUAAACCGUCAAAAUUUUGACCCUUUGAUGAUCAGAGAAUAAAGAGUUUUUAUCAUAAUAAUGAGUUCUUAUAAUAAUAAUGAGUUUUUAUAAUAAUAAUGAGUUCUUAUAAUAAUAAAGAGUUUUUAUAAUAAUAAUGAGUUUUUAUCAUAAUAAUGAGUUCUUAUAAUAAUAAUGAGUUUUUAUAAUAAUAAUGAGUUUUUAUAAUAAUAAUGAGUUCUUAUAAUAAUAAAGAGUUUUUAUAAUAAUAAUGAGUGUGAAUCUGAGGGCCGCUGUUUGUCUGCUGAAGGGCUCCGUAUGAAAACAAACUCAGUUAUUUACUCUCCUCAGAGAAACACGGACCGUGUCUUCAUGAAGACCGCCGAGUCUGUGUGUCGCACACGAGUGUAAGCAUGUGAGUGUGUGUGUGUGUGUGUGUGUGUGUGUGUGUGUGUGUGUGCGCCUCUGUUUAUCUGUAUCCUCCAGGAAGCUUUACCUCUCUAUUAUUUUCUUCCGUCCCUCAUUGUGUCGCCUCGACGCUGCGGUCCGCCCACGAGGACGCCGUCUGACCUUUUUUAAGGCGCCUUUCACUUUGAAAUAGUUAAUUUGAGACGCCGUCGACGUUCUGAUCCUCGCUGAAAAGGAAAAGAAAUGUUGGUGCGAGUGUUCCUGUGGGGAGGGGGAUUGGAUCAUAUCCUGUGACCAUAUCUGUAAUACCUUCACAAUGGAGCGGAUCUGUACAUCUGUGAGCGCCAUUCAAGCUGCAAAGGCCAAAGAGAGGAAACUCUGAGAGGAGCGUGUCUGAAAGAUCUCAAAUCCUCACUCACAGCUGAACACAUUUUAGUGAUGUCAAAUAUAAGAGAUAAAAACCUGAUAUAAAAAUGACAAAUGGGCUCUUUUUAUAGUUUUACUAUCAGUUAUUAAAACACAGUUAAAUCUGAGGGAUGAAGUUCCUCCUCCUCGUCUAAACAGAUUCAGAGUCUGACUGAAGUUCUCAGGUUCAUGCCCAGUGUGAAAGCUUCAUUUUUAAAGGUUCGGACCUGGACAGCCUACACCGGGGUAGGGAUGAGCCAACAAGCAGGGGCGUGUCAGACCUUUGAGACUUGGGUGCCCCUGCCCAGGCUCUGACACUGCUGGGGUGGCCUGAAGAGUCCACUCACAAUAAUGUGAGGAGUCGAAGUGUCCGUUAUGAUGUUGAAUGGAGAUUUUCCAAGAACGAAGAAUUUCCCCCUUCCUAAUAAUCGGCAUCGGCCCUAAAAACUCCAUACGGGUCGGGCCCUAGUCUUAAUGAGUGGUUAUACGCCAGUUUAAUCAGUGGACAUCAUGUAUACAUCAGUGUUCUGAUGAACAUUAAUGUUCAAUAAAGUCUUUGAGUUAAAGUGACUCUCCAGGUCUCCAUGUUGUUACAGAAUAAACGGCGUUUAACUCGUCUCUGUCGAGGCGGAGAACGAUGUCAUGAGUCCGUCAGCCUCGUCUAACAGCUGAGCAGAGGCGGCGUCUCUGAAAACAGCUGACAUCACGAUUCAUGACCAGAUUUAAAACCUCACAGUGAGUUAAAGUGAUAUCAGAGGAAGACAGUGAAGGAUGAACCAUCAGGUCUGUGUCAUCAGGGAUCGAGUUUCAUCAGAAAGGAAAAAAAAACGUUGAAUUUUAAAGGAUAAAGUUCAGCGUCUCUGUCAGGAAGGAAACUCUGUGAACAGUCAUUUAUCCCGCCAUACAAAGAACACAAGGAGAGAGCUGCUGCUGCUGCUGCUGCUGCUGAUGAUGAUGAUGAUGAUGACUGAGACUUGGCCUUUCAGCUGUUAUUACAGACACCUGGCUUCUGCGCACACAUGCAUUAACAUUUCCUCUCAUAACGCCAACCUCCACUUCCUGUUCCCUCUCCCACCUGGACUCUGAAACUCUGAGAUAAAAAGAGAUUCUGAAUCUUUGACUUCCAGAGAAACUCAGAAUAUUUUAGUCAAACUGUGAUGAAGUUUGUCCUGAUCAAUAUCUUGGCGCCCGGCAGCGUGUGACGUUGAGUCUCUGCUGUUAUUUGUCUCCGUCAGGAAACUUUAAUGAAUGUUCUCCAGCUGAUCAAUAACAGUAACAGCUGAGUCUACAGAAUAUUUCCUCAGAGUUUCCAAAGCGAAUGUUUUUAUUUUGAUUUAUGUGGAAGUGAAAAAGUGAGACGUGGACCGAGAGGAGAGGUGGUUAAAAAAGACUUUGACAGGAGUUUCAAAAGCAGAGAGACGCUCCAAACACUUCUUCAGCGUCCGGCUGUGGAUCAAUUUUCUGAAAAAAGACUUGAUAGAAAAAACACUUUUAGGAAUAAUUCUGAGUCUAAAACCUGAUAAAUAAAAAACUUUCUCUCUGUAAUUUUCUUUGAAUCUGUUAUUUUUCUGCGUGUUUUUUAAAACGACUCUCCUCCGCCGCCGCUGCGUCCUCUCGUCAAACACGAGUGUCAAGAAACGAUUUUUUGGAGGCGCAGGAGGGGAGGAGUCAUGUGUCAUUUUACACAACCGUCAGCUGCCAACAGACGAGCUGCUUUCUGCUGAUUUUUCAAUAACUGCCAAGAACGUGUCGAGAUGGGAGGACAGGCUGACAGCUUCAGGGACACGACGCCGCCGCUGCUGCUGGAUUCACAGGGUGUGAGCGACUCGGCUCAGAGCGAGGGAUCACUGAUCAGUCAGAUGUCGAGGAGCGAUUAUGUCACAGCAGCGGCGGCGGCGGCGGCGGCGGCGGCGGCGUGUUAUUGUCCAAAAUACUCUGAGUCAGAGUGGAAGAUUGUAAACCACACACAGACAUCAGAGAGACGCAAACCCCGAGACUUCAGGAGACGUCGGGUCUUUAUUCAGGACCGGGUUAUGGCGAGGGUCAAGGUGAUCCUGAUGUAGAGAGCGAGGAGUUAAUAAAACUAUUCAACUGAUUUAACAAAAGAACAGAAAGAGAGGGAAGGAGGGGGUCCAGGUUAGAAAAAAGGACAGAAAUAAGAAAGUAAAAAACUACAUUUAAGUAGAAAUCAAGAAAUGAGAAUGUAAAAAAAAAAGGAAAACAGUUUAAGAGUCGAAGGAGUCUCCAUUUUAUAAUUUAGAUAUUAGAUUUUAACUCGUGUCUUUUUCUCAUCUAUAUGUUUAUUUAGUCCUCAUUUUACAUGUUUUAUUUAUUCUAUUUAUUUACUUUUUCUUGAUAUUUUAGAUUUUAUUAGUAUUUCAGAACUUUAUUCAGUUUGAUGUUUUCAGCUGAUGGAGUUUCUGUUUUUAUUCUGUUUCUCUGUGUUUUUAACAUGUAAAGAACUUUAUGCUGCGUAUCCUGUAUGAAAAGUGCUCGUCUUCAUCUCUGACCCUGGUCUGUUGAGAGCACAUGUUGGUGUUUUUCCACUGACAGAGUCCAUGUGUCUGAAGUUCCUCUGGUUUCUGUCUCUGCAGGUGAAUCUGGGCAGCCAUCAGUACCUGUUCACCGUGGACGUGAAUCCCGCCGACAUGCCGUGUCUCUGCCUCAGACACGACGUGGACGCUCUGGUGUGGCAGCCUCGUCCCGAACAGCCCACUAACAUGUGGGAGCACAUCGCCACCUUCAACGCCCUGGGUGAGAGAUGUUCACGGAGUAGACCAGGGCCCGACCCGUGUGAACCUGAUACUGAUUAUUAGAGGGGGAAAAAAAACGCACACAGUCAGAUUCACUCACACUGCAGUCAGCUGUUAAACCACAGUUUUAUUUUUCGGUCGGUUUCGCUCCAAACGUCUGCAGAACGGCAGACGCUGUUUGUUGUGCAGCUCAGUUCAGGCAGCGUCGUGUGAAAAGCUGUGCAGUCCGUCUGCAGAUCGGGCUGUUGUGUGUUUGUUUCUGUUCCUCGUAUGAGUCUCCGUGUUGGAUUAACACUCACACACCUUCUUCAGUCAGAAACACACGAGCAGGAGCGAUGGCCUCUCUCUCCUGUUCGCUCCUCGCUCUCUCUCAGUGUGGGGUUCUGGUUGGAGGAUGUGAGGAUGUGAAGGAGCUGAUCUUCAUUUCCAUUUUUGAUGAAUCACGGCGUCUCCAGUUGAAUAAUUCAUUUUCCCGGUUAUUAAUUUUGUUUAUGUCUGCUGUCACACAGCUGCAGAGCCUCCAGAGCCGCAGCAGGGAGACGACAAACUUCUGAGACGUCUGCAGGAAAACCACUUUUUUACCGAGUUUCUGAGGUUUUUACAGCAGCCGCUUUGUUCUUUUCUUUUAAUUAAUCUUCUCGUUAAUCUCUCCCCGAUGAAAGCGUCUGGAAUAGAUCCGUUUUUCCCUUUGACAAGUAAAACCUGUCGUUUGUCUUUUUUGAGUUUUACCAUCUGUCCGGUUUCUCCAGAGCACGUCGUGUCGUUUAAAGUCACAGACGGAUCCUCGUUAAAACUUUCAGAAACGAUCUUUGCUUCUCAGAGGAGAGAGAGAGAUGAAAAUAUUCAUAUUUAUGUGUCUGAGUUCAGAUUGAAGAGGAAGUCUGAUCGUUCAGCUCAGUUUGUUUCCACAGCAGCUUCGUGUGAAAAGCAUGUCAGCGAGGUGAGAGCCAGGAACGGCUCGACGUUGGCGCUCUGAGGGCUCAUUCACGAGUAUCUGUGAAGUCACAAACAUGAAAAAUGUGUUUUUAUUCAGUGCUUUUAUUUUGAAAUUGAGUCCAAGACAAUUACGUCAUGAAAUCAAAACAGAGUUAUUAUUUCUUAUUUUUUAGAUCUGCAAACAAAACCAUCAGUGACACGACUGUCAGUUUUUACAUCCUAUUUUUAAAGCUUGAAAUGAUGUGAGAGGGUGACGCUGAGUAAGCACUGCAGAAACUGGUCUGUCCACAGGGGGCGCCAAAGUUGACACAAACUGAAAGUUGCAAACAGGUGCUUUAAAGGGAAAUUCCGACAUAGUCAAUUUAAGAGGAAAAUUGUCUAACUCGGUGUUACGGUGUGUUUGACCCUGAAUUAAUUUUACGACAGAAUGUCCCUUUAACGAUGAAAAUAUUACUGAUGGGAUGAAAUCAGAGACAGAUUUCUCUCUGAUCGGUGAGCCGAUGGUCGUCUGUUUCUUCACUCAGUCCUCCCACAUGUUUGUCCUUUAUUCACAGACUGUGACCUCACUUCCUGUUCAGUCGUACAAACCUUCACUUUCAUCCUCUUCUCUUCUCGUUCUCCAGGUUACGUCCAGGCCUCCAAACGGGAUAAAAAGUUCGCCACCUGCGCCCCCAACUUCUCCUACGCCUCGCUGUGCGAGUGUCUCCGCCGGGCUUUCAUCUACAGACAGCCGUCGCCGGUGGAAACGGUCCUUUUCAACAGGAAGCAGGGACGGCAGAUAGGUCAGGUUGCCAAGCAACAGGUGGCCAGCCUGGACUCUGACAAACCAAUCCUGGGCUUCAGAGCGACCAACGAGAGACUUUACAUCCUCACCUGCAGUCAGCUGUUUGUUCUAAAGGUCAAUAAUAAUUAGACUCCUGCUGAUGAGGUUCAUCUCAUUAACCCUUUAAAGUCAUUCCAAAACACACACACCUGUGUUUCAGAGAAAACAGAGAGAGACUCCAGACCUGAUCCUCCUCCGAUAAAACUUAAAGAAACAGAAGAGACGAUUUCUGAGUGGAAACACUCCGAUGGUGUCUGUGAGACCUUAAAUUCAGUCACGUUGUUUUUCCUGAUCCAAUAAAUCACAUUUGGACUGGAUGUUCAAUAUUCAUUACAGGAAACAACAGCACACAUUCCUCUUAAUGAGCGGCCAGUCGACUGAGCGCCGCCUUCGCCACGUGGACGGCUGCUUGGAACGCUUCAUCAGAUGGUCAGUUGGGCGGAGGAAUCCCCCUCCCCUCUCCUCGCCUCAUUUUACAGUCAUUACCACCGGAGUAUGAACGCGGCGAACGCUCAUCUCCAUAAAUUUACAUAAACAUAUUUCACACAUCCUCCCGGCGCCGGUCGCGUUCGCUUCAAUCUCGAGCAGAUCGGACGCCUUAAACCUCGAGAGGCUUAAAUAUUCGAUCUAAUCUGGAGGCGCUUUAUUUCAGAUUUUUCAUUUCAAUAAACGUGCGACACCUUUUUGACAAGCCAUGAGAAUAUCCAUCCAACCUGAAGAUGAAUCUGACAUAUCUGUUUUCCUCUGUACGUCUCAGACGGAGCUCAUAUCUGAAUAUUUGAAUGAUAUUUAACCCAAAAACGGAGUGAAAUGAUCGUUUCCUACUAAAGGAAGUGAAACAGAUGAAAACAGAGAAAAAAACACAUUUAUAAACAAUGUGAGGAAGAAACUCCGUUAGUCACAGUGUGAAAACUAAAGCUCCUAUAAGGAACUUUAGGUGCACGUCAACUUUGGCGCCCCCUGUGGACAAAGCAGUCUCUGCACAUGAGUUGUGACAUUUGGCAGAAAUUUGCAGCCAAAUUAUCGUUGAUUCAAAUUGACAGAAUUAAAGUUGAUUUUUUUUCCUGGAGCUCCUUGGUCGACCCCCCCCCCCCCCCACACACACACACACACACACACACACACAGAUUUUAAACAUUAAAAAUGACAUUAUAAAACCUGUUAAAUUUCUCACUAAUGAUCCUGUUUUCUUUGGUUCGUUAUAAAAACACCUCAGUAUGAAUUUCAGUCUGAUUUAUCAACAUUAAAAAAACUCCUCACUGGAGCUUUAACUUCAUAUCAGCUGAUCCUUAAUUAUAAAUGUAGAUGAGGUCAUAAUGAAGUCAAAUUAACCUCUGAGUGCAGGAGAUCAAAAAGACAUGAGGGAUGACUCAGCAUGAAAAACUCUAUUAUUUCAGGUGACUGUGUUUAUUAUGAAGGUAAAUAUUAAUAUCAGGAUAUUUUAGUUCAAGUAUUAUAUUAAUAUAACAGUUUCACUUUAGAUCAAACUUCUUUGUUUUUAUUUACUGUAAAUCCACAUUUUCCAGGAAACAUGUCUGCUGAGAUUAUUUCUAUUUUAUGAAACAAAGUUCAAUAGAAGAGAAAAACUCGAGGACUCUUCUGUGAGGCAAGCGAGCGAACGCUCCUGUUCCUGUUUUCACAUUUUCUCUGAUUGUAAAUCUGCUGAAAGUGACGAGAGGAACAAACAGAGACGAGGCUUCAGCAGAAUCAGGUCCAAGAAAACCCGAGAUCAUCCCGUCUGAGUCCUGCAGGAAAUCAUCUCACAUCCUUUUCUCUCCUCGAAGUAACGAUAAACAGCGGCGAGGAAGUGUGUGAGCGUGUGUGUGUGUGUGUGUGAGGGUCUGAAAUUACAGCAGAACUGCACCGACCAAUUUAUUGAUCUCGCCUGAAAUUGCCAAAAGUAGAAGAAGAAAAAGAAGCAAAGAGCAUCAGUGAGUCAGAGUCUGUUUGGCUCUUCAGCUCCAUCGUCUUCUUCUCCAUCAGGAAGGAGAAUUUAGUGAAAACGACCUGCAGUUUGUGUCCCCGUCUCCCCGUUUGUUUCUCCUCUAAUCAGCUCCCUCCUCCCUCGUCUCUCCGUCUUUGUGUCGCUCAGGAAAAUCCGGUUUCACUCCCAGUUUUGAUUCGAUUACUGGUGUCCAAUUGAAUUAGGCCGAGACGCCUGUUUUUAUCAGCUGUACCUGAAUGCAGCUAAUAUCUCUGAGGACUCGGACCUGCAGCAGAAACACCCUCAUGAAGUAAUCUGAGCGAAUGGGAUUGGAUAAUGAAACAGGCCGUCUGUAUUUCCCAGAGUGCCUCAGUGCUGCUCUCAGGUAAACGUCUCUGUCAGAGCCGCUUCAUUAAAGUCUGUUCUGGUGAGUGACAGCUGUGGCUUUUACUCACUAAUUCAAUCACUGUGACUGAAUGAGGUUCUCCGGCUGCAGGAUCCAGAAUCUCAGACCCACUUUAAACUAAAACAGAGUUUCCUCGGGCAGCAGAGGGUCUGCAGAGAGCUCACAUUUCAGAAACACUUUCCCUGUGGAGACGCUGGUCUGAGCUCUUUGGUCUGAAAUCGUCACAAAGAAAAUAAAGAUUCUGAGAACAAACAGGGACACGGACCAAAACCAGAACCACAUGACCACGAUCUCUGGGCCCUCAGGUGGAAAACAGACACGACUCUGAAGUAGGGCUGGGCGAGAAAACGGUUAUGAUAUAGUAAAAAUUAAAUUCAUCAAUAUCAAUAUGAAACAUAAACAUGAUGUUAAAACAUCAGAAUGACCUGCAGUCUGAACGUCGCUCUGGUCCACCACACGGUCACAGAGUCUCCGUACCCUCCUCGGUCCUCUUUUUGUGGUUUAUGGUCCCACUCCGACCAAAACCAGAACCAGGUUUUUGUGGAUCCCUCACAGUGACUCGGACACAGACGUGUAAUCGAAUCUUCUUAUCAGCCGAGGUCAUUUUUAAAGAGCCGAAGGUCCCUGAGGACGGAGGGGGGGUGACAUGUUGUCAGCAAAACCGCCAAAAGGCAUUUCUUUUGUUGACCUACACACACACACACACACACACACACACACACACACACCCCUGUGUGUUCUGUUCCAGCAGUGGAGGAGGGUGGAGUUAACUUUCUUUGUCUUCACUCGUCGAUCCUUUUUGUAAAUGUGAGUUUUUAGCAGAUCAGAAAGGACGGAGGUGUUGUUGUUGUUGUUGUUGUUGUUGUUGUUGUUGUUGUUGUUGUUGUUGGGGUGGAGCUGGACUCUCCCUGCUGUCCAAGCUCCACUCCACACUGGACCAGGUCUCCCACCCUCUCCACAGUGACCUGGUCCAGCAGAGGAGACUCCUCGCUCCACGAUGAACCUCAGGAGGUCUGUCCUGCUGGUUCAUCAGACUUCUGAACUCAGUCAGUCGUCUUUACCUCGACUCUGCUCACUGUUCUACAUGAAACCAUGUUACUGUUUGUGUUGUUUAUACUGUCGUCUACAUACUUGUAUAUUAUCUCUUUAUUAUUGAUUAUUUAUCUGUUAUUGAUCUCCUCCUUUGACUGGAUUUGCUCUGGAGUUACUUUGACUAAAGUAAUUUCCUCCUGAGGAUUAAAGUAUUUCUGAUUCUGAUCAAUAACUGAUCAGCUGCUGUGAUUGUAAAUCUGCGGUGCUGUCCAUGGUCCUGAAGCAGAGAACAUAAGAUCUACAGAAGAGUAUGAAAUAAUAAUAUGACUAUAAUAACGGUCUUCAAAGAUUUACUCUGAGGUUCAGGCUGAUGACGGCCGAACUGUUGACAGUGAAGUGAAGAAACGAUCUUUAAAUAAAACGGUCGUUAAAAACUCAUGUUUGGUUUCAGGGUCGUGUUUGUCAGAGUCGGUCAGCGUCCUCAGGCUGAAACAUCCGGCCUCAUAUGAGUCUGACUAAACUGACAGCAGCAGGUAAACAGGAUGAUCCUGACUGUAACUUCCUCUGACAUCAGGGUGAAAACGUACAAAUUAAUGAGGAAAUUAAAAGAGAAGCAGACGUUCACAGGUUCAGGGUUAGAUAAAUUAAAGUUUGAGUAAUUCCUGAUUUCCUUCUUUUUUAGGAGUUUGACCCGGACCGACCCUGGAAACACACGGAUCAUCUCUGA